UGGAACAGGCAGGAAUGGUCUCUCCAGGCACUGGGCUCUGCUAGGUGUCUCUUUGAAAGCCCGCGAAGAGACGCUGUCAUUUGCUGCUUCGGGAUCCCAGCAAGAAAUGGGAGUCUGAUGGAUUGUAAAUGCACCUGCUUUGUUUAAAACCCAGCCAAACAGAUAAGUGCCCUUUUAAUUAUCUCACAGCAGCGUUUUAGACGUAGUUGUGCACAACAUCUCUCUUCAGUUUGGUUUCAAUUCGGUGAGCCCUCUGCGUUUCACCAUUGCAAACAAGUACUCUGCGGUUCUCCUCUCGGCUGAGAAAUCACAGGCGAUAUCAGUAUUUCACGUGAGCUAAUUAAUUAGCGUCUGCGGGAGCUGCAGCUGAUGGCUGGGGAAGCUCCCGUGGGUCGUUCCCUUCUCCUCUGGAGCUGCCGUCUCCAGCAGCCCAGUGAGGUUUUGGGACUCCGAGAAGCAGCUCUGCGGGACCAGAUGAGGCUGAUGUGACCCAUCUGAGCCUUAAGGAGUCCUCCGGGACUCAUUAGGGGUUUAAUAACUAAACUUGGCUGGUUUGAUUGAGAAGAUGCUUGUGCAGGCUUGGCGUGAUCUCAGAGAAACCAGUUAAUGCUGCUGGCAGGAGAGAGGGCUUUCUGCAUGUGCUAUUCAUAUGCGUGUGGAGACAGUGAUAACCCCUACUUCUUCCUGCCGUUUCCCAGGUGGGAAAAUAGUUGGGAAUAGCAGAGAGAAGUCCUUAGUUAUACUGAGUUUAUACAAGGCACAAAGAGGUAUCGUGGGUGAGUUGUAACAAGUAUUGUUCCCUCGGUGUUGUGGGGGACGUGUGUCUCUAUGGAUAGCAAAUACAGGCUAGCAAGAAAAUAAUUUCUGGCAGCUUAGAUCUGCUUCUAUACGUGACCGCUGCCUGCUCUCGGACACUGCAAUUAUUAAAUAAUCUAAGAAAUCCAUAAAAUGUGAUCUCGUGUACAGUGUAACUUUGGAAUCCUACACAGGCACGGGGCUGGGGCAAAUAUUCACCGUAGCUGCAAUUUACAGCGCUAGAGUAAAAUGAAAAAAUCACUAAAGCUGAGCAUGUGAGCACUGGAAGGGAUAUGUGGCAGCAGGAGGGACAGGAGCCAAAUUAUCUGCUCCAGAGCUGUCUUCUCUGCUCUAUCAGGGUUAAUUAGCAGUGUAAAAUGUCUGCCUCGCUGCUACGAAACUACAAACAGGUUUGCUACAGCAAGUCAGACUGUAGUAACUGAUGUGAACUCAUCUUACUGUGUUCCUAAGCAGAAGAUGAGUUUCUUGGUGAAGCCUGGGACCGAGAGAGACUGGAGAGACGAGAUGAUGCAGUAGGAGGUUACUGGAGCGCGAGGGAACUGGAUCUAGAUCAGCUCGGGUGAUCCCUGGAGUUUCUGAUGUUCCCUCUUUUCUAGGAAAAACUUCACUCCUGCUGUUAUUACCGAGAAACUUCUUAUAUUAAUAGAAGAAAUGACUUGUCCUAUAUCAAUUACUAUGCUGUGACUUAAAAUUGUUAGCGUUACUUAUUCCUGACUCGAUACUCUGAUAGCAAAAAGGCUUGACAAUAUAUUAAGAAACACUGAUAAAAUGAAGCCCUAGUGAGAAAAUCAGGGUUUGUUCAUUCAGCAAGAAUGGAUGGGAAGUAAAAAAACCUUAAAUCACCCCAACAAACAGAGUUCUUUGCUCCUCCAAAAAAAACCAAACAAAACCCCAACCUUUUAUUUUUAGCCUCAGAGAUCUUCAAGGUCUUGAUUAUUAGGUCUGUGACUUGAAAUCUGAUUUCUGCCAGUGUGCUGAUAUCAAUAUUCCCCAAAAUUAGGUCCUGAUAAACGAACCCUAACCUGGCCAGACUGGGCAUCAAAGCUGAAUUUGGAAAUCAUACCCUGAAGUGUGGCAUGCAACUUGUAGCGCUCUGUGCUCUUUGGCAGAAGAGGCAGAAAGCACCUGCAGUCUCUCUGGAGCUGUACUGAUGUGAGAGAUGAUACUGAGCGUGUUACAUGCGCCUGUGGUUUGGUUGGUGCAGCUGAGGAGAAGGGAUUCAACAGAUCAUGACAGGCUUCUGCAAAAAAUCUUGUCCAGAAAAGAAGACUCCUGAAUCCCUAACUAUUUUCUCGUCUUACAGGUGAGCCUUGAGGACACCUGGGUGACCAUAGCUCCUGAAUGCAUGACCUUCCCCUGGGAUUAGACGAAAGCCAUGGGGAAAGACAAGAAAAAAGAGGAGGCUGUCUUUCUGAGGAAAAAGAUAACUUUGGUGAGGGCUUUCUCACUCCUCAUCGGCAGCAUGGUUGGCAGCGGCAUCUUUAUCUCCCCAAAAGGAGUACUGAAAAACUCUGGCAGCGUGGGUUUCUCCCUGGUUGUCUGGUUUGCCUGUGGGCUCCUCUCAAUGUUCGGUGCCUUGAGUUAUGCGGAGCUUGGAACAAGAAUCACCAAGUCUGGAGGACAUUAUAUCUACAUUUUGGAGACAUUAGGGCCUCUGCCAAGUUUCUUAUUCCUGUGGGCAGAGUUUUUUGCUAUCAGGCCUGCCAACAGUGCUGUGGUUUCUUUGGCGUUUGGACGUUACAUGCUGGAGCCGUUUUUUGCCCCCUGUGCAGCCCCUGUCCCUGCCGUGAAGCUGGUGUCCCUCCUGGGGUACUACAUGGUCCUCACCCUCAACUCCUGGAGCGUCACCUGGAGUGCCCGGCUGCAGACAGCUCUCUCUGUCGUCAAGCUCCUGGCUCUGGCACUCAUCAUUGUGCCCGGGAUGAUGCUGCUGGCCCAGGGCCACACCGAAAACUUCCAGGAUGCUUUUGACAGGCAGUCGCUGGUUUUGGAUAAGCUGCCCCUGGCUUUUUACGCAGGCAUGUUCGCGUAUUCAGGCUGGUUCCAGACAAGCUUUGUGCGUGAGGAGUUGGUCAGGCCUGAGCGAAAUAUCCCCCUGGCUGUCAUCGUGUCUGUGAUCACAGUAAUUGUGGGGUACAUGCUCACCAACAUCUCCUAUUACACGGUCCUGGGAACGCAAGAUGUUCUCGCUUCUCCUGCUGUGGCUGUGAGCUUUGUGCAGCGAGCCUUCAAAAGCCUGAUCUCCGUGGUCCCUGUCCUUGUUGCGCUGUCCUGCUUUGGAACCAUGAAUGGAGGAAUCUUCACGUUUUCAAGGACUUUGUUUGUGGCUUCCAGGGAAGGACAGUGGCCUCCUCUCUUCUCCAUGAUCCACAUUCGAAGGCACACACCCCUUCCCGCUGUCAUGUUAAUGUUCCCUUUGGUUACUGCCAUGGUGUGUAUCGGAGAUAUCUACCAUCUACUAAACUUCUUCAGCUUUUCCCGAUGGCUCUUCAUAGGAUUAGCCACCCUUGGGCUCAUUGUCCAUCGCCACCGACACCCGGAGCUGCACAGCCCGUUCAAGGUUCCCCUGUUCAUUCCUGUCUCUUUUACCAUCAUCUGCCUCUUCACAGUCGCAAUGUCUUUCUACUCAGACCCUGUGAGCAUUAGCAUUGGAUGCACCAUGGUUUUAAGUGGUUUUCCAGUCUACUACCUCAUAAUCCAUGGGCGAAUGUCAAGUCGUUGCCGUAGCUCGUUUCAUUAUCUUACACACAAACUACAGUUACUGCUGGAAGUAGUCCAACAAGAAAUCAAGACUUAUUGAGAAAACCACCAGAACUCACGGGAGAAGAUAAAAUCUACUUACGCCAUUUCUGAUACCUUUGAUCCUACCAAAGACAGGCCACGCUAUUAUUCUUUUAAUCACUGCAAAUGAGGAUGAGCCUGAGACAAAACCUUGCUGCAAGUGUUCCUAAGCCUGGCAAUCGGGAUCAGCAUGAGCGUGGCACAUCUGUUUCUGCCCUUUUCUUUUUUAGCAGAACAAGCUAGUUCUUGGAAAUGAGCUUGCUUUGCCUGCAGAGUGUCUUCAAAACCAAGAUCCUAAUUUAGCAGCCUAUCCCAGUCCUAAGUAAAAUAGAGUGUGUGUGUGUAUAUAUA